AUGUGUGGUUGUGGACCUGUCGGUCCUCCCCGGUGGAGCCAGGGCGGUUCUCAGUGAGCGGAGGCCGCGGACCGGGCGACAUGUCUGCCUACAGCCGGGAGAUCCUGCAGGCCACCCGCCUGCUGUGCGGCAGCAGAGGCGCCAUGCAGCUGCUGCAGCUGCACCGGAAGCUGCUGCAGCGCUGCGACAUAACCGAAGAAGAGUUCAUACACAUCAUGGAGGGGUGCUCCCGCUUCCUGCUGGUCCGCGGCCCGGCGGGGGACGCGGGGCGGCGGCCGGAGGACUGCACGGUGGUGGCUCAGACGUCCCUGCGGCUGUGCAGGAGCUACGGGCGGGAGGAGCCGUGCGGGGGGGAGGGGGUGUGCGAGCAGCUGCACCUCUGCAGGUUCUUCGUCUACGGAACCUGCAGGUUCGGCAAAGGCAGGAAACCCUGUAAGUUCUCCCACGACGUCCAAUCAGAUCACAACUAUCAUUUACUGAGAGACUGCACACUGCAGGAGCUGAGAGAGGACGAGCUGUUCCUGCUGCUGCUGCAGAAUGACCCCGCCCUGCUGCCAGAGGUGUGUCUGCACUAUAACAAAGGCUCUGGUCCUCACGGCUGCUGCACCUUCAUGAACACCUGCACCAAAGUUCACCUGUGCCAGCACUUCGUUCAGGGCGACUGUCUGUUCGGACUCAAGUGUAAACGGCAACACGCCAUCGACGACCACGGCCGCCACCUGCUGGAGGAGAGAGGACUGAGCGGGGAGAUCAUCCAGGAUCUGCCCUUCAUCUACAGGAACAUCCACCACCUCGCCGCCGCCGCCGCCGCUGCCACUGCCGCCACCGCCACCUUGCCCUCAGAGAAUCGAGUCCCUGUCCCUCAGACUGACGAGACGGACAUCUGUCUGCACUUCAUCAGAAACAGCUGCAGGUUCCACAACGAGUGUCGCCGCGUUCACUUCCACCUGCCCUACAAGUGGGAGGUGCUUGAUGGCAACACCUGGACGGACCUGCAGCACAUGGAGGACAUCGAGCGAGAUUUCUGCGACCCAUCUAAGACACAGAGCUCUGGCGAUCGGCCCGUCGACUUCUUGACGAUGACUCACCAGUCGCGUCGAGUUCGCCGUCUCUCCACCGUUUCCUCGGUUACAAAGCCGCCACACUACAUGCUGACCACGGGGUGGCUGUGGUACUACAAGGGGGACCAGGGGACGUGGGUAGAGUAUGGAGAGCCGGACGACAAGAACCGCACCACAUCAGUGACGUCCAGGACUCUGGAGGAGGUGUACCUGUCUGCCAGGACACCUGAGGUCAAAGUGGUGAAAGGACAGAGAGAGUAUGUCAUCAGCUUCAAAGACAUGUACCAGAGGAACCUCAAACACAACACCAAGAGGAAAGUCCGGCGCCGUCCUCGCUUCGUCUCUGUGGCCGAGGUGAAGAAACAGGCUCAGUAGAAAAACCAAAAACUGAUCUGACCUGGACUGGACUGAGACCUGAACCUGUGCCUUAACUCAGUCCAACAUCUGGAUUAUCUUCUCUGUCACUGACUUCAUAUCUGUUACAUGGACGAGUCUGAAGACCUGAUGAAGACCGUCAGCGGUCUGAUGGUCUGUCGGUCCGUCUCAGACAUUCAUCGUCUCCAGAGAAUGAACCUUCAUCACUCCACUAUGAUCAUUUAUGUAAAUAUGAAAAAUCAUCAACAAUAUCAGUCAGUAAUGUUUUUUACAGUCUAAAGAUGGAGGAGACCAGGUCCUUCGCUGGAGGUUUACGUGUAAUUAGAAGAGUCACUGGGUUUUGAAUGAUGUUCUGGAUCCACUUCAGUAGAAACAGAGACUCAGUCAGAAGCUUCAAUAAAAUCCGUUUGGUCAUUAAA